AUGUCCUUCCCCCAGCUCGGAUACCAGUACAUCCGCCCGCUCUACCCACCCGAGCGCCCGGGGGCCGCCGCCGGCGGUGGCAGCGCUGGGGCCCGGGGCGGCCCGGGAGCCGGCGCCUCGGAGCUGGCUGCCUCGGGGUCCCUGUCCAACGUGCUCUCGUCCGUGUACGGGGCGCCCUACGCCGCGGCGGCAGCCGCAGCCGCAGCCGCCCAAGGCUACGGCGCCUUCCUGCCCUACGCCGCCGAGCUGCCCAUCUUCCCUCAGCUGGGCACGCAGUACGAGCUGAAGGACAGCCCCGGGGUGCAGCAUGCGGCCGCGGCCACCGCGUUUCCGCACCCGCACCCCGCCUUCUACCCUUACGGCCAGUACCAGUUCGGGGACCCAUCCCGGCCCAAGAACGCCACCCGAGAGAGCACGAGCACGCUCAAGGCCUGGCUCAACGAGCACCGCAAGAACCCCUACCCCACCAAGGGCGAGAAGAUCAUGCUGGCCAUCAUCACCAAGAUGACCCUCACCCAGGUGUCCACCUGGUUCGCCAACGCGCGCCGGCGCCUCAAGAAGGAGAACAAGAUGACCUGGGCGCCGCGUAGCCGCACCGACGAGGAGGGCAACGCUUAUGGGAGCGAGCGCGAGGAGGAAGACGAGGAGGACGAUGAAGAAGACGGCAAGCGCGAGCUGGAGCUGGAGGAGGAGGAGCUCGGGGGGGAGGAGGAGGACACCGGGGGCGAGGGCCUGGCGGACGACGAUGAAGACGAGGAGAUCGAUUUGGAGAACUUAGACGGCGCGGUCGCGGGACCCGAGCUGGCCCUGACAGGGGCGUCGCACAGGGACGGCGACCUCCGCCUGGAACCCAUCUCAGACUCCAAGAAUAGCGACUCGGACGACAGCUCCGAGGGCUUGGAGGAGCGUCCGCUGCCCGUCCUGAGUCUGGCCCCAGUGCCACCGCCCGUGGCCACCGCUCCGCCAUCUCCGCCCUCGCCCCCAGCGGGCCUGGACCCCUGCGCUCCUGCACCGGCGCCCGCCUCGGCCCUGCAAAAACCCAAGAUCUGGUCCCUGGCCGAGACGGCCACAAGCCCGGACAACCCUCGCCGCUCGCCUCAGGGCGCGGGGGGUUCUCCCCCCGGGGCAGCGGUCGCGCCCUCGGCCCUGCAGCUCUCUCCGGCCGCCGCCGCCGCCGCGGCUCACAGACUCGUCUCGGCGCCGCUGGGCAAGUUCCCCGCUUGGACCAACCGGCCGUUCCCAGGCCCGCCGCCUGGCCCACGUCCGCACCCGCUCUCCCUGCUGGGCUCAGGCCCGCCACACCUGCUGGGACUUCCCGGAGCCGCGGGCCACCCGGCCGCCGCCGCCGCCGCUGCCUUCGCUCGGCCGGCGGAGCCCGAGGGCGGAACAGGUGACUGCGGCGCGCAGGAUUCGGGGGGAGGGGAUCGCUGUAGUGCCUUGGAAGUGGAGAAAAAGUUACUCAAGACAGCUUUCCAGCCGGUGCCCAGGCGGCCCCAGAACCACCUGGAUGCCGCUCUGGUCUUAUCGGCUCUCUCCUCAUCCUAG